AUGGCUUCUUCGUCCUUGAUGUUUUGGCAAUACUUCUUCUUUCUCAGCCUUGUAUUGAUUCAGCCUUUCCUUGUCUUUACUUCAUCUAGAGGCAAUAAUGAAACAGAGGCUCUUCUAAGAUGGAAAGCUAGUCUUGACAACACAAGCCAAAGGUUGCUUUCUUCGUGGGUUGGAGACAGUCCCUGCACAUGGGUCGGAAUAGCUUGUGACAAAGGCGGUAGCAUCACCAAUCUAAGUCUUCCAAAUUCAGGUUUGAGAGGUACACUUCGCAGUCUCAACUUCUUUUCCCUGCCUAACCUGAUGGGGCUUGGCCUUCGUAAUAACUCAUUGUAUGGGGGCCUUCCUUCACAGAUUGGUAAUCUUUCCAAACUUUCCUUCCUUGACUUGUCAUACAAUGAUUUCUCUGGGAAUAUUCCUUCUGAAAUAGGCUUGUUGACAAGCCUUAAUGUGAUUACCCUUGGUAGAAAUCAUUUUAGUGGUAACAUUCCACAAGCAAUAGGAAGGUUGAGUUCAGUUUCUGAGAUCUAUUUCUAUGAUAACAAUCUAAGUGGUUCAAUUCCAGCUUCUAUAGGAAGCUUGCAAAAUUUAUCCAAGCUUUAUCUUAAUGGAAACCGACUCAACGGUUCUAUACCUGUAGAAGUUGGGAACCUUUCCAAGCUCAUCGACCUUGAGUUGCAAUUCAAUAAUCUCUCUGGAAGUAUUCCAUCAGAAAUAGGAAAUUUGCGUUCACUUUCUCAACUUUACCUUCAUGAAAACUAUCUGACUGGUCCAAUACCUAUUUCUAUGGGAAACUUACAAAAUUUAUCCCGACUUAUCCUCGUCAACAAUAGGCUCAAUGGGUCCAUACCUAAAGAAGUUGGAAUGAUGAGAUCACUCACCAUGCUUGAUUUUUCAAGAAACAACCUAACUGGUCCUAUUCCAGCAUCUAUAGGAAAGUUAACUAACUUGGUGUGGCUUUAUCUGUACCGUAAUGACCUCUCUGGUUCUAUCCCCGAUGAAAUAGGAUUGCUUGCAUCUCUUGGAGCAUUACAGUUGCAAAGAAAUAAUCUCACUGGUGUCAUCCCUGCUUCCAUAGGAAAUUUGGUAAGGCUUAAAGAGUUGUACCUUUCUGCUAAUAAAUUAUCAGGUUCCAUUCCUCAAGAGGUAGGAGCGCUUGAAUCUCUCACUUCACUCCUUGUGACCGGUAAUAUGCUUUUUGGCCCAAUUCCUCACGAGGUAGGAAUGCUCAAGUCUCUCACUGUGCUCAAUUUACAAAUGAACAAUUUUUCUGGUUCAAUCCCUGUUUCCAUAGGAAAUUUGACGAGGCUUAGUGAAUUAUCUCUUUCAGGUAAUUGUUUAUCAGGUCUUAUUCCUCUAACAUUUAACAAUCUUACUCGUUUGGAAGUUUUACAAUUGGGUGAUAACCAUCUCAGUGGUCAAUUACCGGAAAAUGUAUGCCUCAAUGGGUUACUGUAUCGUCUUAUAGCACAUAACAACAAUUUGACGGGCCAAAUUCCUUUAAAUUUGAGAAAUUGCACGAGCUUAUUCAGAGUUAGGCUUCAUGGAAACCAACUUACAGGGAAUAUAUCUGAAGCCUUCGGCAUAUAUCCCAACUUAGAUUAUAUGGAAUUAAGCAACAACAAAUUUUAUGGGGAACUUUCUCCCAAUUGGGGACAAUGUCGUAAUCUAACAAGUCUAAAAAUCUCCAACAACAACAUUUCUGGUGUGAUACCUGUUGAGUUAGCACAGGCAACUCAAUUACAUGAAAUUGAUCUCUCUUCAAAUCAUCUAAACGGUGAGAUUCCGAAGGAAUUUGGAAGGUUGACACUAUUGUUGAGUCUUUUGCUAAAUGGAAACAAACUUUCAGGAAAAAUUCCGGUAGAGAUUGGAAGGUUGUCAAAUUUGAAGCAUCUAAAUUUGGCAUCUAACAAUCUGACUGGACGCAUUCCUGAACAACUCGGAGAGUGCAUCAAGCUAGUGAAGUUGAAUCUAAGUAGAAACCAAAUCGGUGAAAGUAUUCCUUCAACAAUCGGUAACAUAUAUGCUCUUGAAGCUCUUGAUUUGAGUCAUAACCUUUUGAUUGGAGAGAUACCAAGGCCAUUUGGGAAAUUACAAAACUUAGAACUGCUGAAUCUUUCUCAUAAUAUGCUUUCCGGUUUCAUUCCAUCUAGUUUUGAUGAUUGGCGCAGCUUGACAGCUGUGGAUUUAUCCCACAAUCUUUUGGAAGGCCCUUUGCCUGACAGAAAAGCUUUCCAUAAUGCUCCAUUUGAUGCCUAUAGAAACAACAGAGGGCUCUGCGGCAAUGCAACAGGUCUAAUACCCUGUGAUCCUACUCCUACAAAUAAAGCCCAAAAGAGAAAAACCAAUAGAGUUGUGGUCUUAAUUGUACUCCCAAUCUUGGGUACUCUAGUUGGUUUAUUUAUUUUGGUUGGAGGCUUUUUAAUUCUUUUUCGAAGGAUUUGGAAGAGAAAUUUUAAGCCAAAGGAGGAACAAUCCGAAGAUAUUUUUGCAAUAUGGGGAUACGAUGGAGAAAUACUCUACGAAAGCAUCAUUGAAGCAACAGAAGAUUUCAGCUCCACCUAUUGCAUCGGUUCAGGAGGAUAUGGAAAUGUUCAUAGAGUUGUGCUGCCAACAGGUCGAGUAGUUGCUGUGAAGAAACUUCAUCAAUCUGAAGAUUGCAUGCCGAUCAACCUGAAAGCUUUCCAAAGUGAAAUUCGUGCUUUGGCAAGUAUAAGGCAUCGGAACAUUGUGAAGCUAUAUGGGUUUUGUACAAAUGCUGAGCACUCGUUUUUGGUUUAUGAGUUGGUGGAAAGGGGAUGCUUGAGAAUGGUCUUAAGUGUUGAGGAAAAAGCAAUGGAAUUUGAUUGGAAUAAGAGGUUAAACGUUGUUAGAGGGUUAGCCAAUGCUUUGUCUUAUAUGCACCAUGACUGCUCACCAUCAAUUAUCCAUCGAGACAUUUCCAGCAACAAUGUUCUUCUGGAUUUGGAUUAUGAAGCUCAUGUUUCGGACUUUGGCACAGCUAGGCUUCUAAAGCCUGACUCAUCCAAUUGGACCUCAGUUGCUGGUACCUUUGGAUAUGUAGCUCCAGAGUUGGCUUAUACAAUGGAAGUGAAUGAAAAAUGCGACGUCUACAGUUUUGGUGUGGUAGCUCUGGAAAUACUGAUGGGAAGGCAUCCUGAAGAUCUUAUUUCAAGUUUGUCAUCAUCAUCAUCUUCCUCAUCGCUACCAAACUGCCAACAGAGUUUAUUGAAGGAUGUCAUAGACCAACGCCUCUCACCUCCAGUAGACGACGUUGAGAACAAUGUGGUCUCUGUUGCAAAGCUAGCAUUUGCGUGCUUGCAUAUCAAUCCGCAACUUCGCCCAACAAUGCUUCAAGUUUCUCAAGCCCUUGCCAGUCAACGGCUUCCAUUGUCCAAGCCUUUGUUGAUGAUAGAGUUGCGAGAAUUGUUUUGUUAUUAA